GUCGACCGCACUGCGGGUACGCGGCUAUCGAAACGAGGAACCGGCCGGCCGGCACUAGCAGACCUGCUAACCCGUCACACGAAGGAUCGGUAGACGGCACACCAACACACCAACACCCACCAGAGGACCACGCAGCACCACCGAUAGGAUCUUGGCAUUAACACUUCAAGUAGCUAAGUAAGGGUGGAAAACGAGUAGAAAGAGCAAGAAAGAGAGAUGCGAAGGGAUCUGCAACGCAUUUCAAUGCACCUCGGUACAGAACAUAUUCCUCAACACAUCCAGACGACCUGCCUCCAAUACACGUGCAACAUGCCACGCGUGUUUCUGUGAGCUUACACGAUACGAUCGUGCAACUACACGACUGUACGUGGCCGCACACGUGCACGCGUCUACAUACAACUUCUACGAGGAAGCUAUCCUCUUUCCAUGCUGAAAAGUAGCACCGUUCGUUCUGCCUUCCAGCCGGUGCUUCAUGACGAAGGAUCCCGGAAAAACAGUCACGUUUAUCAUCGAGUUGGUGCGAGCGCAUCGGGGAUGAACCUACCGGGAGAUAUAAGCGCAGUAAGCGCAAGAAAACGGCUCGCGUGUAAAGAUAAGAUGCUCUAAUGUACGAACGUAUAAUGGUUCAUUUCUGUCUACCAAGAAAAAUGGUAUCGGCCGAUGAAAGCGGCCCCUGCCCUAACGAAUUCUCGUAAACAUACGAGCAUUUCCACUACUUGCCGUGCGCGAGCCUCACGACGAAAUGUAAACGCGCAGCCGACUGAAAAAUAAAAGGAUUUCGAUGUAACACCAGCGUACGUAUCUGCUGACGCGUUUUACGCUGCAAUUCAGGAUACCUGCUCUCUCUCACAGAGCAAAAUUGAUUCUCGUUACGAGCAGAAUGUUUAUUAUCAUUCUUAAAAGCAUGCACAAUUUUAUCAUCCAGUUUCUGUUAAACGUGGUCUGUUUAAAAAGUAACAGUCGCGAAUUUUACGUCAGCACAGCGAUGUAAAUAUUUGAUCUUUAAGCGUCCGAUAUCUUACUGUCUUAUCAAUAUUAAAAAAAUACUUAAGGACGAACUCUAUAAAAUGCAUUAGCAUACGCGUGCAUCCGUAUGAGGAGACGAGGGCAGUUACCUCGUCUCUGCCACUCGAAAGUGGUCCCCUAGCACGCUUGCUAGUGCUUCGCAACAACGAAACCCGGAAUAAUAAUCUCAUUUAUCAUUAUAUGCACGAACAUUGAAAGAAGAGCCGGCGGUAAAAAAAUGUUCAUAGAAUUAAAUUUAAAAAAUUAAAACUUUAAUGGAACAUCGGUCGCUAUAGUAAAUAGAUACCGAUAAAAUCCAUUUUUUUAUAAGAAAACCAACGAAUAAAAAUUAAAAACCUUCCAAGCAUCAUCUUAACCUAGACCCAAAUUCUUUUCCAUCGUUCGUCUACCUUUGUAAACUAAAUUAGGUAAAUUGGCAAACCGGGAAAGAAUUUUUCUUUGGCUCGUUGACAAGAGGUGGAUACCGGGUCAAUUCUAUUCUGUCGUUCGAUUCACUAACAGACUUCCAGAGGCUAAAAUACCGCUUUGAUAAUAUAGUCGGAACAAUUUACGUAUUUCCAGCGAUCAAACCGCUUUCCUCGUGUUCGAAAAAUCGAAUUCGUUUCGAAGAUUGAUAACAUUGAUUUCGCGCUGCGAUUAUUUACCGAUUGACCCGGUGAACGUCGAUAGGUGGAAACGGGCGUAAAAAAGGUAGAAAAAUUUCGAAGCAGAGAACGAAGAAGGAGCGAUUCGAAAGGGCGUAGGAGCAUCGAGGAGGCGGAGAGAUCGUGCAGAAGCGGCGGACGUGCGCCUCUUUUUCUACUGUCGAGUGCAACGAACAGAACUUGCGCGUCAGGCGUCGGUGAAAACGCGCAAGCACCCUCUGCCACACUGGUGCAUGCGCAAUGGUGUAUUGAUCCCAGAAAAUCUGAGAUGCACGUAACAUCAUCCAGUGGUCCAUUGGCCGUACAGAAUGUCAUUUCUGUUCUGCGCUCGUCCGGUUUUUCGCGAAUGAAACGGGACGCGUCAGUAAUGCGAGACCGAUCGGCUCCUCGUCGCAUUCCUGAUUGCCGGUCAUCGCACUCACCCAAUAAUUCGAAGAAACCGCGCUAGAUUAUGAAAAUCGUGAAACACGAGAGAAAAUCUUUUAAGAAGAGCGCUCGAGGAGGCUGAAACAAACGGCAAUCGCAAGAUGCCAAUUGGACUCGAGUACCGAAACUAGCCAAGAAACAUUCACUCGAAAUGAUACUGCAGGCAAUCAUCUUGAUCCUCUCUGCAAGGAUAUGCUGCAGCAAUCCCGAUGCAAAGAGGCUGUACGACGAUUUGCUGUCGAAUUACAAUCGACUGAUUCGCCCCGUUUCUAAUAACAAUGACACCGUAGUCGUUAAACUAGGACUCCGUCUGUCCCAACUCAUAGAUCUCAAUUUGAAGGAUCAAAUUCUCACGACGAACGUUUGGCUCGAACACGAAUGGCAAGACCACAAAUUCCAGUGGGAUCCAGCAGAAUACGGAGGUGUCACUGAACUCUAUGUACCUAGCGAGCACAUAUGGCUUCCGGACAUUGUACUUUACAACAAUGCGGACGGGGAGUACGGCGUGACUACAAUGACAAAAGCUAUUCUUCAUUACACUGGGAAAGUCCUUUGGACACCUCCAGCAAUUUUCAAAUCCUCCUGCGAGAUAGACGUCCGAUACUUUCCAUUCGAUCAACAAACUUGCUUCAUGAAAUUCGGUUCAUGGACCUAUGAUGGUAUCCAGAUCGACUUGAAACACAUUAAUCAAAACAUGGGAGACAAAGUCGAAGUUGGCAUCGAUCUUCGCGAGUAUUACCCCAGCGUCGAAUGGGACAUAUUGGGAGUACCAGCGGAACGACACAAGAAGUAUUAUCCCUGCUGCGACGAACCCUAUCCUGACAUUUUCUUUAACAUCACUCUACGUCGAAAAACGCUCUUCUAUACGGUGAAUCUAAUCGUGCCCUGCGUGAGCAUCUCUUACUUAUCGGUGCUCGCAUUUUACCUGCCCGCCGACUCUGGCGAGAAAAUCGCCCUCUGCAUUAACAUUCUCCUAUCGCAGACAAUGUUUUUCCUCUUGAUAUCAGAAAUCAUACCAUCCACGUCGCUAGCACUACCGUUGUUAGGCAAAUACUUACUUUUCACGAUGAUUCUAGUCGGUCUUUCGGUAGUUAUAACGAUCAUUAUACUAAACGUUCACUAUCGUAAACCGAGCACUCAUAAAAUGGCGCCGUGGGUGAGGAAGAUUUUCAUAAGAAGAUUACCGAAACUCCUUUUAAUGAGAGUACCAGAUGAUCUUCUCAACGAUCUUGCCGCGCAUAAAAUACACGGCAGAGGAAAAUCCGGUAAGAAAAGCAAAUUCAACGCUGCGGUAGCGGCUGCCGUGCAAUCCUCUUCAAUAGUCUCUUCACCGGAUUCCGCUCGGCACCAACGGAUCGGCGGUAGAUACCGAUGUAAUGGAUUGCAUACAACGUCUGCGCAUAACAGAUUUCUUGGUGGUAUCGGUGGGUAUAAUGGACUUCCUACAGUUAUGUCCGGAUUGGAUGAGUCUCUGAGCGACGUAACUCCUAGGAAGAAGUAUCCUUUCGAACUUGAGAAAGCUUUGCACAAUGUUAUGUUCAUUCAACAUCACAUACAACGGCAAGACGAGUUUAAUGCGGAAGAUCAGGAUUGGGGUUUCGUAGCAAUGGUUCUUGAUAGACUUUUUCUGUGGAUCUUCACAAUAGCUUCGAUCGUUGGCACGUUCAUCAUUCUUUGCGAGGCCCCAGCACUUCGUGACAACACCAAACCAAUCGACAUGGAGUAUUCUUCUGUGGCUCAACAACAAUUUCUUCCUCAGGGUGAUUUGUUAGAAACUCUCGUAUAAAACUUUUAGGAGAAAUAGACAGACACUUAAGGAAGCUGAGGUGUUGAUUUCACGUAUUUCUCAUAGGAAUUCGUUAUAGUACAAUACCGCACCAAUCAAACAUUUUAUUUCUGAAUUUUUCUUAUUCGAACGAAUCAACAACCAGUUUCCUCAUCGUUUUUAUCAUAAAAUAUACAAAUUUUCAAUAGCAUUGCAAAUGUCUAAAAGUAUGUUUAAGUUGUACUUGAUAGUAUAAUACGUGCACAUAGCGAAUAAGUGCUCUUGAAUAACAAUAAACGUGUUAACCGUACCGUUAAAACGAUACUGCAAUAUUAUUUGUAGGAAUUUUGUAACGUCGAUUACGUAGAACGGUGAAAACGGAAUAUUAAUUAUCCAUCAAAAUUUGUGUAUAGGGAGAAACAUUUUCUGCUCGAAUCGAUAUCUUCCCGAAGAACAAUGAAGAAAAUUGUUAUGUAGUAAAUUUUUUCAACUACUAAAAUAUAAAUCAACCUUUUUCAUUAAAAAUGAAAUAUAUACUCUAACUUGUUCGAUAUCUUGUAUGCCUAUAAAAAUUAAAUAAACGAUAAUUAUAAAGCA